AUGGUUCCCUCAUUUAUGCGCACACACCCUCAUCCGCACCGACUGAAUGGCGUUCACCUCCCUUUUUGGCGAAACUGGCCUCUCUCAACAAAUCCCUCGAAGUUUUUAACACCAGAAGUACUCCACCAUGUCCAUAAAGCAUUUUUCGAUCACGACUUCCAGUGGGGGCGCAAGAUCAUGGGCGACAAUGAACUUGAUUUCCGCCUCUCGAUCAUCCCCGUUCUGCAACUGGGUGGUCGCGAGCAUCGAGAGCUUCAACGCUCUUUCAUCUGUAUCAUUGCGGAUGCUGUCCCUCGACAGGUUGUUGUUGCCCUUCGUGCGCUCAUGGACUUUAGGUUCAUGGCGCAGUCACCUCAAAUUACUGAAGCAACCCUCGUCCGCAUGGAGCAGUGCCUCGCAACCUUCCAUGAACACAAGCAACACAUCAUUGACUGCGGUGGGCGAGAGCAACCGCAUUUCGCCAUCCCGAAGCUCGAAUUCCUUCAUAGCAUUGUGCCAAGCAUUCGAUGGGCGGGGGUUCCUAUGCAAUACACGGCAGAUAUUACGGAGAAGGCUCACAGCACCCAGAUAAAAGUCCCAGCUCGAACGGAGACCAAUCAUCGCGAUUACGACCCUCAAAUUGUUCGCCAUCUCGAUCGAGCGGAGAAGCUCCGACUUUUUGGGUUAUAUACUGGAAUCAAGUCGGAACAGCUGCAGCUCAAAAUGGAGGAUGUUGUUGAUGAUGGCGAAGAACGGGAAGGUGAAGGUGAACCGAGUUCUGAGCUCCAAACUGAAGAUGUCGCGGGACCAUCUUUGAUUGGCGAAGCCUCACGCCCAGUACGAAACUUGUUCAAAGCAGCGGAACUCUAUCCACUCCUCUACCCCCAAACUGAAAGUCGGUUCACCAUUGCUCCUUCAGCAGCCUUUUUGCUUAAUCGAAGACCAACAUUACCAAAAGUCUCGGUUGAAGAUGUUGGCAACAUGUACAAAUUGAAUGAUCUUCGGGCGGCUCUGGGAGAUUUCUACUAUGGGCAAAACACUACACAUAAACCGCUUCUUGGUGGUCGACGUCGGCACCAUACUGACUGUGCGCUUCCGUUUACCCACCUUGAAGUCUGGUAUUCACUUCGCGUUCAACUCACAGCUCCUCAUACCAGCCGACCACUCCCUUCGCAAUUAUUAUUCGCUCAGCCACCUCCCGUCGAUUCGAUGUGGGAGAUAGGACGAUAUGACCCAGUUCUUUUGUCGAAUUCCGUUGAUGCUGCUUGGCCAUGCAAGGGCUUUCGCGACGGGCUUCAAGGUCGCGUGGCUCAUCUAAGGAAUAACGGGCCGUCGGCGCCUAAUUAG